AUGCGACGCUUGGGGGUAGGCGCGGGUCCGGCAGCAAACCAGGGGCAGCCGUGCCUCUUGACGCUGCGCUACGCCACCACGGGGGCGCAGCAUAGCUACAAACCAGGGUGCUUCGUAUUGGCACUGCGCUUCCUGUUUGUGGCGCUUACACCAACGUCACUACAGAGGCGACUUGCGAUUCGCAUGCAGACUGGCAUGGAGCGCACCGAGGAGCUGGAGAAGGAACUGCAGUGGCUUCAGAAGCAUGGGUCACCUCUGCAAGUAAUGGGGCUUCCCGACCACGCGGAACUAGUGGAAGUGCGUGCUCGCUAUAGAAGUUUGGUCCUUGAAACCCAUCCCGACACGGCAAAGGGCACCACUGGUGAGAACGAGUAUGCCAUUCUACAGACGGCGUACAAGAUGUCCGUCAAUCCACUUAGCCUCUGGCACCAAAAUGGAGCCUCACCUGCACUGCACCGUCAGCUGCUACAGACAUCCAGGAAGAAGCUCCACAGGCUAGAUCGAGUGCGCGUCUUCGCCAUCUUUUCUUACAUAGUGAUGCUUCUCAUCUGUGUCUUCUUCUCCACUGUGGUUGUGAGCCAUAGCCUGGAGUCGGUGCUGAGGUUCUUCGACCCGGAGUUCUACCACUUCAUGGUGCAACAGGAGAGAGAAGAAGACCGCAAGCGUGCGGCAGGGGAGGUUGUAGACACGGACCCGAAGCGACUUGCGCCAACAGCCGUACGCCGACUACUCUUCCCCGGCCAGUUCAUUCACGAGAGUAGUGAGGGUAAGGAGCGAGGCCGGAAGUGA